GUAGCGUAAAUUCCUGCUCGUCCAGAUCAGAUGUUGUGACUGUCAGGUUUCGCCAUUUUCACCAGAAUCGUGAUCUGUUUCUGAGGCGCCCUUUUUUUUUUUUAAUAAAUAAAGGACUGCUUAAGCGCAUUUUUGGAUAUUUCACCGAAGGCUUUUGAACGAAAGAAAUUAUGGGAAACUGCCAUACGGUCGGACCAAACGAAGCUUUGGUAGUUUCGGGUGGUUGCUGUGGAUCUGAUAAGAAGACCUACACAGUUGGAGGAUGGGCAUGGGCAUGGUGGCUUCUCACAGACAUACAAAAAAUUUCUCUGGAAGUAAUAACCGUCCUGUGUCGCUGUGAGAAUAUCGAAACGUCGGAGGGCGUCCCCCUGGAUGUGACCGGGGUGGCUCAGGUCAAGGUGAUGACAGACCCCGAGCUACUAUCUCUUGCCUGUGAACAGUUCCUGGGUAAAUCUGUGAUGGAAAUUAAGGGGGUCAUCCUACAGACACUGGAGGGUCAUUUGCGCUCCAUUCUGGGCACUCUGACGGUGGAGCAGAUUUACCAGGACCGAGAUCAGUUUGCCAGCCUGGUGAGGGAGGUGGCAGCUCCUGAUGUGGGUAGGAUGGGUAUUGAGAUUCUCAGCUUCACUAUUAAGGAUGUCUACGAUAAAGUGGAUUAUCUGAGCUCACUGGGAAAGACCCAGACAGCGGCUGUGCAGAGAGAUGCAGACAUCGGUGUAGCAGAGGCGGAGAGAGAUGCUGGAAUCAGGGAAGCAGAAUGCAAGAAGGAAAUGAUGGACGUUAAGUUUCUGGCAGACACUAAAAUGGCUGACUCGAAGAGAGAGCUGGAGAUGCAGAAAGCUGCUUUCAACCAGGAAGUUAAUACAAAGAAAGCCGAGGCCCAGCUGGCGUACGAGCUGCAGGCAGCUAAGGAGCAGCAGAAGAUCCGUUUAGAAGAGAUCGAGAUCGAGGUUGUGCAGAGAAAGAAACAAAUCACCAUUGAGGAGAAAGAAAUUGUCCGAACAGACAAGGAGCUGAUCGCCACAGUGAAGAGGCCUGCUGAGGCCGAGGCCUACAAGAUGCAGCAGCUGGCUGAAGGACACAAAGUAAAGAAGGUGCUGACGGCACAAGCUGAAGCUGAGAAGAUCAGGAAGAUUGGAGAGGCUGAAGCAGCUUCGAUUGAAGCUGUGGGCAAAGCUGAAGCAGAGAAGAUGAAGCUAAAAGCUGAAGCUUACCAGCAGUACGGAGAAGCAGCGAAAACCGCACUGGUCCUAGAGGCACUGCCCAAGAUUGCUGGAAAGGUGGCGGCUCCAUUGGGCAAGACCAACGAGAUCGUCAUUCUGAGUGGCGAGGGCAGCCGUGUGACCGGCGAAGUGAGUCGUCUGUUGGCCGAGCUACCGGUCACAGUUAACGCCCUCACAGGAGUCGACCUGACAAAGAUGCCUUUGUUGCAGAAAAUGACCACUGCUCAUGCAUGAAGAUUCUUCACCUCUUUGGCCUUUUUUUAGUCACAGUUUAAAAACUCUUUAAUGCCUUACCAGGAUAUUCAGUCCUGGCUGAAAGCAGAGGUAUUAUUUUAUCCUUCGUGCCACUUAUGUUUAGAAACAGACUAUGUCCAUUGUUUAAUUUUGUUUUGUUUUUUUUAUGUUCCUGUGGUAUUCUUUAUCCUAUUAACACGUUUUUAUUAUUAUAUUAUAAUGGUGAGUUUCUAAACCAGUGCUUGCAUUUGCAGGUUAAAUAUUAUCAAGAUUGAACAAUGCAUAGGAGAGCAUGCACAUCUGUUCGGUUUUUGAACAAUUUUAUCUUUUAACCUUUUUGAAUUGGGCAACAAGUUAAUGAGGCUAAAAUGUGACUGGCUUUGGGUUUUUUGUUUUGUUUCGCAGUUUACACUAAAAAGGGAUUAACCUCAGCUGGUACAUUAACAUUCGUUCAAUUAAACUGAAUCAGGUUCAUUCAGGUGUGAACACAUACCCGUUUUAUUUCUGUUUCGAAAAAGUGCAUAAUCAGUUUACUCUACAGCCGACAAAUCACUGUAACUCGAUUGCAAUAUUAUGCAUACAUAACGACCUAGCAUAUUGUCAAGCUCCAGAUCUCACCGUUUUGGUGAACUUCAUGUAAAUGGACGUCACUUGAGAUCACAAAUUUGUAUAAUAGAUAUUUAGUUACUGAAUUGUAGUUUUAUCAACAGAUAAUCACCAAACGUGUCUGCUGCCUAAAUUAGUUUUAGCCGGAGUACAUCUACCUACAACUUAGUAGGAAUAUGAAACUUAAACAGUCUUUCAAUUUAUUAUUAUUAUUAUUAUUUUUUAAUUGUGUUAGUGCUUAGUGUCGUUUCACACUUAGGAUUUUAUAUGUUGUCAUUCUUUCUGGUUUUUGUUUAAAGUUCAUGUCAGGGUAAAUCAAGGCUACGACACAGAAGUGUGUUUUGAAAUAGCCUAGAAGUGAUUUGUCGCUGAAUAAUGGAGGGGGAAGAAAGAAAAUCAUAUAUGUGUUGAAGGUUUUGUUAUUUUUCUGUGUGCUGCUCCAGUUGCUGUUCCAGGGCUUUAAUGUGAACAUCAGAUAUAUAUAUAUAGUGCAUUUAACCAAUACAAAUACUGUAUUGUGAAAUCUGGGUGGAAAAAUCACGGCUGUUUUGGGUGUUCGGUAGCGUAGAGGUUCUGUCACAGCUGAAGUGGGACCAUAUCAGCUCACCAUCGUGCUAUUUUCCAAUUUAACGAAUAGCUAAAGCAGAUAGUCAGUGUUUUAAAAUGGUCUAUAAAGGCUCUUUCUUGUAGCUUCAUUGUUCUUUCUAUAUGUGAUGUUCAAUUUCAGAUGGAGAGUAUUUACGUCAAUACCAUACUGUUAUUCUGAAGUCGUAAGAAUUUCAAAAAUAAAUCGAUGAAUACAAAUCGAAAUUGGUUAACCGAGGUUAUGUCAUAAUGCUAAAAAGCAUCUGUUUCUUCGUCUGGAAAGUACGUUUUGGAAGCUUCAUCAAUUUAAACAUUUCUAUUUCAACCAACUAUUUCAGGUAUUUCUAAUCUUUUAAUUCUUUUUCUUAUGAAUACUAGCAAAAUGUAACUAUACCUAUCAAUAUAUGAGAAAUGUAGCCGUGUCCGCAAUAUAUUAAAUGCUGUAUAAAGAGCACCGGAGACUAUGCAAUAUUUUGUAACAAUCGGCACGAUGCCUUGUUCAACACAAGUCGUGAAACGAAUGCUUUUUGACUCCCUGUUUGUCGUAAGUCAUGUUUAGUUAACGCUGAGAUGACGAAAUGUGAAAUGCCUUUUCACUACUGUAUACCUAUACCUCACUCCAUAUUAAAAAAAAAAAAGUGGAUACAACAAUUUAUGUAGAAACCCGGAAUAUCUAAUGAGAAUAAAAUGCUUGCCAGAAA